AUGAGCGAGACCACACCGUUGCGCGGCGGGCGCAUCGCCGUCUCCGGCGAGGUCUACUUGCUUGAUGGCAAAGAGGUGGUGCUGAUGGGGGGCAACUACGUCCUGAAGCAGCAGCCCUACUACCCGCCGCUCGAAGUGGUGCGCAGCAACGCCAAGUCCAUGGCCCAGGGGGCCAAGUCGAUGGCUUAUACACCGCCGGCUGCCGCUGAUGGUUCUGCGCGACCGGUGAUCCCUUGUGUCCGCCUCGGGGCGAUGAUGGAGGCUGCAUUUCCCUCCCGCAGCACGGCCAUUGAUGCGGACUUCAAAGCCAAGCUGGAGGCAACAGUCCAGGCCUUCCGUGAGGAGGGCGUCCAUGUCUUCCUGGACAUGCACCAGGAUGCUGGUUUUUGCUCCAACGGUGGCGAGGGCUACCCCUGGUGGGUGGCCGCGGAUUUCCAGCAGCGGGCGGGGUGCUGCUUGGAGCAGUGCUGCUGCUGCUGCUGUUUCUCCUCCAGCUGCUGGUCCUGCUGCCCAGAGAGCUGCCGCACCCCCUACGUGGCCAACUCCAGCCAUGCCCUGCAGCCCUUCUGCGGGCUGCCCAACUGCUUGGCCAAGUGCUUGAACCUGGACAUAACGACCUGGGCCGGGGACCCGGAACCCUGGCAGCCGUAUUCUGUGGGCGGGGAUGGGAACCCGGGCUUCUUCAACGUGGGCAACGCGAGCGCGCGCACCAACAACUCUGACGACCGCUGGAGCGCUUUAAUCACCACGGCACAAGUCCAAAACUGCGCGCCGCGGAUCUACAACUCCGGGCGCAACAAGGCGGACCGAGAGGUCUUUUUCGAGCCAUACCUGACGCUGGCCAAGUACCUGUGUACGGUGUGGGACCGGUACGAGAAUGUGAUUGCGCUGGAGCUGAUGAACGAGCCCUUGCUUGGUGGCUUGCCCAACCUUUGCACCUGUUUGAGCACGUGGCGGCAGAUUCUGACAUUUCAAGGAGAUGUUCUCGAGGCUCUUGACGAAGAUCCGUCUAUCAAAUGCCCCAUUGUCAUCGACAACUGGAGCAGCACGGUGGAAGGAGAGAGCUGCGCUGUGAAGCUGCUGUCAUGUAUAGGCGCCUCCAGCUCCACGAUGAAGCGCUUUCAGUCCUAUGCCGAGCGCAACCGCCUGAUCCUAUCCUUCCAUUACUAUUCCCCGCCGGCAAACGUCAGCUUUGAAGAGCUCAUCGCGCUGGCCAAGAAGAAUGCCACGAAGCUGGGGGGUGCCCCCGUCUUUCUCAGCGAGUACUGGGAGGACACAGCCCAGAAGAUGGCGGACCGGCUUGCUAUGGCAUGUGACCUCGGGGUCAACGCAACGACCUACUGGCAGUACGCAGACACUGCCUGGACCGAGCAGCCGGGCUGGUACAAGUACCCUCCCUCGGUGACGAACGCCGGAACAGGGGUGCCAGUGAAUGCGAAAGGAGUAAUCGAUGAUCAGGCUUGGGCGGCCUUCUCGAAGACGGUGGCGGGCGGGACUUUCUUCAGUGCCUCCAUCACUGGCGCGUCAGGCGCGCAGAUGGAGGUGCUCCAGCUGGUUGCCGCGAACGAGACGGCUUCGGCUUCGGCUUCGGCGGCGGCUGCGCCAGCGCCGGCUGCGGGGGCUUUGGGGGCUUCGGGCCCUGGCCGCGGCUGGCGCCGGGGGGCCGAAAAGGAACUGCUGCCCUGGCCGAAGGACAGGCCGACAUGUCUGCACAAGCCCAAGAGGUGCCUCCUACCCGGUGAGUCCCCGGCCGCAUAG